AUGACGCCUGCACCCACCCGCUCCAAGUCAAUACUACUUCUACUCGGUCUGCUGUAUCUGCAGGCUUGCACCGUCGACGCCACCAUCUCCACUUCGGCUGGCUUCCCCCGCGAUGUCUUCGCCCAACCGGCCUUCCAAGUUCAGCUAGGCAGCGUCAACACAAAGGAUGCGCCAUUGCCGGUCAAGCGGAGCCACGCUUCGGCAAUCCUCGAACAGCACCAACACCAGGCGUCGUCCUCUUCAUCCGAGUCUACUUCCUCCCUCGCUGUAGCAGGUCAAGCCGGCGAAAACUUCCACGAUCCAUCUCGCAACGCGCCGCAUGUCCUCCAAUGGUCGCUACAACGCUCUUCACCAACCGAUCUUCACCUCUGCUCCAUACCGGACUUUACAUCGUCGUCUGCAAAGGAGCAGCGUACGGCCGAUGCAGGCCCAUCUCGCUCGCGCCAGGACCUGCUCCGCAAUGCCCAAAACCUUCUGGAGCCGCUCAAAAAGGUGUGUCUCUACCACACCUUUGACUGGUUUACCUACAGCUUCUGCUAUGGACGCGAGGUGCGCCAGUUCCGACGCCUCGGCGCACAGACCGCAGCCCAAAAGGCGUUCAAGGCAGCCGGCGGAGGCACCAAUGGCGAAAAGGCAGCGCAGGAAGCCGCCAAAAAGGUCAGCAGCCUACAGCAUCCCAUCGCCGAUCCCGAGUAUCCCGCCUUCAUCCUCGGCCGCUGGACGCCUCAGAACGAAGACAUCGUAGGCGACGACCAGAGCCACCAGCGACAUUCGCAGCAGCCCCUCAGCGAUCUGUCCAAGCCUGCUCCUGCAGCAUCCAACGCCGUGUCGUCGGACCGUCGAUGGCAAUCGUACGCCAGUGCGGCGGGUCUCGACCUGGUCGAAGAGGUGCAGUUUGGCGACUGGGACGAGGACGAGCUGUACGCCGCCGAGGCCAAGGCGCUGGCUCAGCUCGCAGGUUCGCAGAGCCAUGCGGUCGAAUCCAGCGGACACGCCUCCUCUGCCGGCGCGCAUGACUCGCAGCGCCACCGCUUCCUCACCCAGCGCUGGACCAACGGCACCAUGUGCGACAUGAACCACCAACCCAGGAGCAUAGAGGUGCAGUUCCACUGCUCCAACCGCAAGCCCCUCGAGGACCGCAUCGUCAUGUUCAAGGAGACCACCAUCUGCAACUACGUCCUCGUCAUCGAAACGCCACGCCUGUGCGCCGAUCCCGCCUUUGGCUCCGAAAAGCAAGAGGCGCCGCUGCCUGUGCAAUGCCACAAGAUCGUCGAAGACACCUACCAAGGACCCACGCUGGGCGAGCCGGACAAGGUGCUCCAGCCGCCCCUGUCGCAGCUUCAGGCCGCAAAGGAUGCCAAGCAGCAAGCGCAAGCUGCACAAGACUCGCAUGCGACGUCUGUCAAGGACGCGGACGCUGCACAGGAGACCGCCAGCACCCACACGUACGGCGACAUUUCGCGCUUCAGCUCGGUCUACGACGACUACUACGACGAGGCGCUCGGCGGGCAUGGUGCGCUUUUCCACCAGUACCACGACCACGAACAUGAUCACGAUCACGAGCACGAGCACGGCCAUGGCCACGAGCACGACGACGAGUUGCUGUCGUUUGGCGACCCGGAGUCGGACGAGAUCAUGGUCGAGGUCGGCAUCGACGAGGACGGCAAGCUGGUAGUCAACGAGAUUGACGACGUCGCUAGCGCCGAUCCCUCUCCACCACGCGAAGGCAAGGAAUCGCGGCGGCGCGAGGGCGGCAAGAAACGCAGCGACGACGAUGGUGCGCUCGAGAUCGAGCUCGACAUGGACGACUUUCUCUCGGUGCUGCGCGGCGACCAAGGCGGCAGUCUGGAACGCAAACUCGCCGAAAAGAUCUCGCAGGUGCUCAAUCGCGAGCAGCAGAAGCAGUCGAGUGGCGACGCAGGCGAUGCAGGCGAGCCGAGGGACGAUGCGAAGAAGCAGACGCCGGAAGAGGUGGCCAAGCUGUACAACCGGCUCAUGGCGGCUGUGACGGGUGGUGGGCAUGCAGGCAAAGAUGCGGCCGACAAGCCGGCCAAGGGGGCCAAGCACAAGCAGCCUCCGACUUUACGCAUGGAAAAGGUGGGCGACAGCUUAUCCGAGCGCGCCAAACGCUUCUACGACGCCAAAGCGCGCGAGAGCGAGGGCGAGGGCGACAAGCGCGACACAAAGACCAUCGCUCCCAACAUCGCAGAGCAUCUUGAGCUGUAG